CCUGAGCGCAGUUCGGACUUUGAUUUCACCUUGCAACAGAUCGAAAAGUGCGUUCAAAUCAGAUUAGAUGUCCCUAUCGCCACCGCCACCAGUAGCGUCGACCAACGCUGCAGCCGUCGCUGCGUCCGUCCUCCUUAACGGCAACAACAUGAGCCGGAUGGAAGAUCACCUGCUGACCAGAUUCCAGCACAUUGACCCGGAACUGGUCGAUGAGUACAUGUCAGGAAGACGACGACAGAGGAGGAAUCGGACAACAUUUUCUCCGCAACAGCUCCAAGAAUUGGAGUCACUUUUUCAGAAAACUCGUUAUCCGGACGUAAUUCAUCGAGAGGACGUGGCUUCCAGAACGGGACUCACUGAAGCACGUGUACAGGUCUGGUUCCAGAAUCGUCGGGCGAAAUGGCGCAAAACGGCACGGAUGCAAUGGUCACGAACCCAACAACAUCAACAACCAACAGAUCACUGGCAAAGACCUGCCCUUAGGUAUCUACAGCUCGGAUUCAAUUUAGGCUUACCGUGGCUCUCAUUACCAUCUAUGCCAGCUGGAAGCGGCGGAACGGGCGGAGUGCCAUCGCCGUUUGGCUGCGUUGAUUCCACUCCGACCAGAGGAGGCAGCCUCCUGAUGGCCUCCCAUUCCGAGAGUGGAGUUCAGGAUCAUCGGGUUCCAAUGGGCAAAGCCAGUGGCGGAAGUGAGAGCAGUGCCAGCACCGAGGAUCAAGUCCUGAAUUUGUCACGCACCGGUAAUGGCGCCACCAUCAGUCAUCAAAUGGACGACAUCAACAGCAGUAGCGACGAAUCUGAAGACUUGAUGAUGAACGGAAGCGCUUAUUUGAAAUCCAGCAACGAUUCCGACGAGUGACGAUCUUUUCUCUUGUAUGGUCCAUCUAGUCAUCCCGAGAUGAUUGAAUUUCGUUCCGUAUUUCUGUUAUUCUUCACUAAUCUCUGUCAUCUCACCAGCACUACUAGUCGCCCGUAUGUCGUUCUGUAUAGAAAAUUAUGAGACGCAUAGUCUAAACCAAAUCAAUUCUUCCUAUACUGCGAAACCCUAUGAUACAUUUAAUCUGAUGUGAUUUCCCCAUUUUUCUCGACGGAUAUAAAUCCGCCGCUGGUAGAAUUAGAGUUUGACGUCAAAUAUAUUAAUACCCCCCCAAUC